UUUUUGGUCUGGAAUGGAUUAAUGAUAUUUCAAUACAUUCUUAUGGGAAAAAUUGAUUCAGGGGACGAACAAAUCGGGUGAUGAACAGGAUUUAGGAACGAAUUAUGGUCGUGAGCUAAGGUUUUACUGUAUAAGAAAAAUUACAUCAGGAUUUACCUUUUUUGGUUGUAUAAAAUGUCUCUAACUAAAACCCCACUAUUACUACUUAUAUUUUUGAAAGAGUGUAUAAAUAUGGGUCUCUUACUAAAAGCUUAGUAUUGCUACCUAUACUUUUGACUAAAUAAACAUGUAAGACAUAGGUUUAGCAAUUCUGCACUUGAAAAUAUAUAGUUUUGCUGUCCCAAACAUAAAUCUAGUGAGUCAUGUGACAUCACCAUAGUCUGGCCACCAAUAAGCUCUCUUCAUUCAUGGAGUUCAUCUCAUUUCUACCAUAUUAAACUAUAGUCUGUGCAAUUGUCAUUAUUAUUAGUCUUGUCUAUUCAAGGAUGUCUUAGUAUAUCAUCUAUGAUGUUAUUAAUGAUUUUAUUACCCAUGUAGUCUUGAUACCCCCAUUAACUCUAGAGGAUCAUUAGAGGAAGAAAAAGAGCUGACAGACUAAAGAAAUAAAAGAUAACUUGAGCAAGAAGAAGCAGAGCAUGAGAGACAACACAUCGGCAAACAAGAAACUUAAACCUACCCAAAUCAUUGAUUAGAGUAAAAAAUAAAAAGCCAUCCCCAUGGGCAAGAUUGCAAGUGUGGCUCUGAGAGGCAAUGAUGUUCAUGCUUCUAUUACAAGACUUCCUUACUCAGCAGCACUAAUGCAGAGGAAAUGCAAGUUACUAUGGUGCUUAAUUCGCUAAGGCCAUCCUCAGCAGGAUAUGAACGCCUCUGCGAUCAGUCCCUCACCUUUUUCUUGCAAGAAAUUCCAGCACAAUGUGAGCUCAAAGUUUGGUAUUCCAAGGACUAUGCUGAAAGGAUGGGAACAAGAAUACUUGCUGAGGAAGGUGUUUCAUGGCAGUUUCGCACUCGUCAAAGGUUUCGUUGUCGUGGAUGUGAAGUUGUUUUCAGUAGUGCUGCCAGCUUGGCCAACCAUCGAUGUGUAAGAACAACUGAAACUCCCAAAAGUGAAGCUGUAAGUAGUCGUGGAAGACAAGGCAAGAAGAGUACCAGGCGAAGUGGAGAAUCUGUCACGCCUGUCCCUUCCACUUCAGGUAAGAGAGCAGUAACCAGGAAAGGUUUGCAACAACAACAGCAGCAGCAGCAACAACCAAGUCUGUCAAAGUUAAAAGUGGAAGUUGAUUCUUCUGGGGAAUCAAGUGAUUCUGAAGAACUUGAAGUUGUAUCUCCUCACCGCAGGAGCCCAAGAUCAAGUCCCAGAGGAAGAGGUAGUGUGUAUGCUUGUGAUAUUUGUAAAAAAGUAUUUCUUAGUCCUGGAAAAUUAAAACAGCAUUCAUACUCCCAUACUGGAGAACGGCCUUUCUCGUGCACCCUCUGUCAUAAGGCAUUUUCCUCCCGGUUCAAGUUGGUGCGGCACCAGCUGAUACACACCACUGAACGGCAGCACCAAUGUCCUCGCUGUGAGCGUAGUUUUCACCGUAAAGAUCAUCUAAAAAACCAUAUUCAAAUUCAUGAACCUAAUAAGCAGUUUAAGUGUGAAAAAGUUGACUGUGGUAAAGAGUACAAUUCUUAUAUGUCCUAUAGAAAACACUGUGCAGUGCAUGCUGCUGAAGAAGGAGACUUGCAGUGCAAAAUUUGUCAGAAAAUGUUUGAAACAAAGCCUGACCUCAUUUAUCAUCUCAAAGUACAUGUGGGAUCACGCUCUGUGAAAAGUCCGAGUGAAAAGAAAUUUCAAUGUGAUCACUGUGACCGUCGGUUCUUUACACGGAAAGAUGUGAAGCGUCAUCUUGUGGUUCAUACUGGUAAAAGAGAUUUCAGCUGCAGUAUUUGUCCUCAGAAGUUUGGCAGGAAAGACCACUUAGUGAGACACAUAAAGAAAAGCCAUGGUAUUGCGGAUUUAAGCCGUAUGGAGGGUCUUGAUUUGAGUGCCGCAUCAAGUUCAGCACCUCAAGCAGUAUCCCCAAACAUAAAUGUCACUUCUUCAUCCCCUUCUACAUCAAGUACUCAUCCAUUACCCAUGGUAGUGUUGCCAGAGCCAGUGGCAGGGCCAUCUGGGUUGUCUGGCUCCUCGGGCCUCUCAGGUUCUACUGGUCUUCUGGAACAAGGGGAACCCCAAUUCAUCACACCAUUCCAACAAGACAUAUUUGAAGAAACAGUAAAGGAAGAACCUGAACUCCAGCCAAGCAUGGAAGAAAUAAGUCCUGGAGGGGAUGAUUUAAGUAAGAUUCUUGGGAUGUAUCUGCCCUCAGGUUCUAUUAAUCUCCCUGGUCCUACUUUACUAGAACCAGCUUCAAGCCGUAGUGAUGAAGGGGAGUCUCAGCGCAGCAAUCUUGAGUCUGUUAUGUUACGUCUGAUGCCAGAGGACCACAAAGAGUCGGUUUUGCAGAAUUUCCCGCAGGAAUCCACUGAAACAAGAGGUCUCAUUGCCACAUCUCCAAGGGAAGAAUACAGCCCAGAAGGCAUAAUGUCUGUUAAUUUAAUGUCAAGUGAAUCAUCGGGUAUUUCUAUAAGGUCUCUGCGCUCCCCGGGGCCAGUAUCCCAGCUGUCAGGAAGUGGUUUACCUGUUGCUGCCACCACGUCCACCACUGUUGCUGCAGCUGCCACUUCUGCCACCUCCACAACCUCAAGUACAUCUGUCUCAAGAGCUGCCUCACAGUUUCCCUCAUUGCCAGGUUUUGAUGAAGUGUUCCCAUCUUGAAUAUACUAAGGGUUGUGACACUAGCUAAUGCAUACCUCUGAUUAUGCAAAUAGAGUUUUAUCCAUAGAAAAAAAAAUAUAACUAAUUUUGCAGCAUUUCAAAAGAAUCAUGCAGGUAACAUAGUUAAACACAAAAUGUUGAAAGGACUAUAUAUAUAUGUGUAAAGUAAUUCUAGAAAUAUGCAGUAGAGUCUCAUGCUUGAUAUUUGACAUUUGAUGAUGUGCAUGUAAACAUUGAGGCCCAUCUUUAUGUGGCAGCCAUUAUCAUGACAGUUCUCUCCUGUCCCUUGCUCUUUUUACUUGAUUGCAAAAGACAGUCCAUACUGGCUUCCUAUCAGUCCAAAGAUCUAAGAUGUGUUCAUUCUUUUUAAGUGCCAAGUUUAGUGUGGGUAGUGAGAACAUACCAGAACUCCCAAAUUGUAGAUCUGACUGAUAAAAAGUGGUGGCAUAGGUAAUAGUCACUCAGAACUGUAUGUGUAGUAUGGAUAACUGGUUACCACUAUAGUUAUUAUUGUAGGCUUACUAUGAUCACAAAUAAAAGUGUAGUAUGUAAAAAAUAUGUAAUCAUGCAUCAUGUGUGGAACGAACCUCAGAUUCCAGAUUUGAUGUCAUUAAUAAUCUUGCUAAAUUAUUGCUAGCUUGUGAUUAGAUUUUAUACAACUAUCCAUGAAGCUGGUAGGAUUGGAGUGUGUAAUGCUUGACUGAAGAAAUGUAUUACUGUAAGACAAGCCAUAUUAUCAGGUAGAUAUAUAAUUUACUGAUGAAUGAGAAUGCUCAAGAUAGUGCAUUAGGUAUGAAAAUAUGGUAAAAUAAAAGCAUCCAGUUAAGGGAUGGGGCCGACGUGGUACAAUGGAACCAUGCGGGUCUCCAAGUGCACGGGGUCAAAUCCUGUCCACAGUCUGAGUGUGAGGCUUCCUCACUCAGUUUUCUAGUGGGUGGGCUUUGAGAUAGGAGGUACCCCAAAAAGUAUCCCCUUUAGCCCAUAAAUUCCUGUGAAAAGCCCACAUGGUAUAAGAAAAGAAAAAGGGAAAGGAAAACAUAGGCAGUAAGGAAACCAUUGAAACAUGAUCUCAUAAGCACUUUUUGGAAGAAAAUUUGCAAGUACUAUUCAACACAUACACUUCAAACUUAGACUGAACUUGGACAGUAUCACCUUAUAAUUGGUUUUGUGCCUGUGCAUGCAUUGUCUGUGUGUCAACCAAGCUGUGAUAGGAAACCUUUAAUGCCACUGUGGAGGCACUUUAAUUACUGUUGUCUUUCCUAGCUAAAUGACACUCUGCAAUGCUUUCUGUCAAAUUUUGUUUGAUUUUCUUCUUAAUCUAUAUAUUGAUACACAUUUCCAUUCAAGUAGUGUCCCCACUAGGAAAGUGUUCAUGUGACCAUGCCAUUAUAAAGAAACUGCUUUAUGUUUAGGAUUCAACAAUGAGAUCAUUUGCAAGAAUGAAAAUGAAUUAAUUUCAUGAUGGAUUUUAGUUUCACACUUCUCUUUUGCCAAUCUCUUAGCUUCCUUUCCAUACUACCAGUGCAGUUACUGGACAAUUCACUAAUUUAAGAAUGCUAUCACUACUAUUUAACUUUCAUUCUUUAUUAUUGUCAUAUUUUUCAUAUAGAAACUGCAAUUUUCAUAAAGAGAAGGGAAAGAAGAUUGUUGCAGUUAUUAUUCCAGGCACCAAUCUCUUCUUAAAGGACUGUUAUAAUACUAGCAUAUUCAUUGGUUUAGAAUUUAUUAGUAAGAUAUAAAUAUCAGUAAGUAGUCAACCAAGUCUGAGACUCUACUGCAUAUACACUACCUGUCAAAAUGGUAGCCACCAACACUACCUUCAGGGUGUCAACAAUUUCAGUUGUUGAAAAUUAAAGUAUUGUUCUCAUCAAAAUCAUAGUCACUUUCUUUUUUUUAUUGAUUUUUUGAGUUUGGAAAGAACAGAAUCAGGAAAGUGCACUCUUUAAAUGCAAUCUCCAGCUUCAAGAGUCCUGAGAACCCUGUCUUAGCAGACUUUUUUUUCAGUAAUGAUCAAAUAUCUCCUGUUGUGUUCAGAUCAGAUAGUAUGGGUGGCCAUUCAUUAUGUCCACUUUGCAGUCUCUUAAUUGUUUGAAUUGUUUUAGGUAUAUGGCAAGAUAUGUCUCUUACAUAAAGGUGGCAGCAUUGCAAAAUGUAAGUGAACUUGAUGGAAAGAAAAUUGAACUGGUAAAUGACAGUUAUGGUUAAUAUUUUCAUAUCAACAUGAGCCACUCAUGGUAUUUUGAAGUACUCCCAUAUGGUAGACAAAGUGAGACACAACUUUAAACAAACCUUAGGUUGACUCUAUAACUUGCAGGAUCCCAAUAAGUAUAUUUAAUGAAAUUGUUGGACAUUUGUAAAAAUGGACUCACCAUCACAUUAAUUAUCAUCACUUAUUCACAUCCGUUGCCCAUAUUUCCUGGCAAAAGUAGACAUACAUUCCUGGUGCACUUACGUGGUGAAAGAUUUCCUGUGCAGGAAACCUACAGAACUUGACUUCAUCAUAAAGAUUAUCCUGCACACUCAGUCAGAUGAAUUUUCAGAUAAAUAUAGGUAAUGUUCCUUUGAUUCUCAUGCUUUAAUGUGAAGAGCACUAGAUACUUAACUUUUGAAAAGAAAUCAGUGCAAACAAUAUUUACAUCUUUUUCAUCCUAGUCUCCUUAUUCUGCUGGUGCUCUCUUACCAUAUGUAUGGAUGCCUCAAUCAUACCCUCCAUUCUUGAUAUUUCAGUUUUUGGUUGUGUGUAGACCAAUGAUAUAUGUAGUGUGUUCCUUAGUCAACAAGUCUCUUUUUGCCACCUAUUAUGUGUAGAUAUGAAGCCAUGCCUAUUAAUCAUAAUCAAAGCUUUCAAAAUAACCAUCAAUUAUAAACUGACAUUCCAUCUAGUAGCAAUCCAAAGCUUUUAAUAGAGCUGAGGCAUGUCCCACACAUAUCAAAUUCUGUUGCCUUACCACUGAAAUUGGUUUUGAAUUCUGUAUUGGGAUGUGAUGACCAUUGUUUUGACAGGUAAUGUGCAACCAAGAAACUUUAGUGAAAAUACUGGUAUUGACUUAGGAUGGGCAAGUUGGUAUGAUCCCUGAAGUCACUUUUUUUUUUUUUUUUUUUUUUAAUGAGGCAUUAACAGUUAUGUUUAUUACUUGUAUGUAGUGCCAGAAUAGUUGUAAGUGUCUGCUGCAAUAUUGUUGGAUGCACAGUUGAGUGAUACCUCAACUGUAGAAUGUAGAGACAUCACAGUGUUGGAAGUGGUACUCCUCUUCUCAUAUCAGAAUUCCUUAAUUAUCAGACAAGAAGAAAUUGAUGUCUAAAAUAUAAUUUUGAAUAGAUGGAAACAUUUACUGUAAAUGAACUUGAGAAUGUUCCCUCAGUCAAGUAAGAAACGAAGUACCUGAUUGGCAUAAUCCCUCAAGCUUGUGUUGUAUUGCAGUAGUCAGUGUUUGUUGUAGUUCCUGUAGCUGUAGCUUCUUAUAAUUCUGUCAUAGAUUUUAUAUUUCUUUUUAGUUUGUAAUACAUUACUUAAGGUAGUUAUUAUUCUUCAGAACUAAAGCCCUCUUCUACCUCUUGUAGGGUUAAGAGCGAAGUAAGGAAACAGGAGUACAAAGCUGAAGGUAUGGAAAUCUUGUCAGUAUGACAGAAUGCAGUGUAUAGCUUAGAAGAAAAUAUUAGCUUAUUGAAACUGUUCACAGUGGGAUUACAAGUGGUGUUAUAAGCUCUCAUGUAUUUUAAUAAUGAAACUAGUUCUUAGACACUAUAUAGUGAAUAAUAUGCAAAUUAUAUUUUUCUACAUGAUGGAGUCUUUUUUUGUUUUAUAACAGCGUUUUAUAAUUUUAUUAUGUGGUAUGAAUUCAGUUGAUAUAAUAAUUUACACCUUUGCAA